CAUUCUGUAAGUGAAAGAAACUCAAAUUAAUCAGUAAACACUAAUUUUCUAUGAACUUUUUAACAUUUUUUAUCAUUAUUAAUACAGCUGCUUUUGUUUCAUUUACACUAAAUAAAUAUGCUCUUUUCUCUAGAUUAUAUUAUAUAUAUUAAAAAAUUGAAUGGAAUAUAGAUACAUAAAAACAUUAAUAUAAAUAUCUCAGGCUGGCCAUGGGCCUCCACAGACCUCAAGGUGGUGUGUCACACCAACACUUUUUCCGUCAACUUUUUCCAUCGUUUUUCUGAAAAUCGUGGAUAUCUUGGCUGCGGCCUGUCGCACACAAAUGGUGUUUCAUCUGAAACUUUCCGUUGGCACAGCCCAAGGAGUGCAAACAAACAUGGAGUCCACACUGCAGCAAAGAUACGCUAUUCUGAAACUAAUACUGUGUACUGUGAGACACAGUAUUGGAGGGCACAGGUGACUGUGUUGUGAGCCGCUCUUUUCUGGCCUUUCUUCAUACAUGAUUCAUCCUUGUGGUCCCAGAGGCACUUAUGGCUCCUUAUGCUUUCCACAAGGAUCUCCUCUGAACGGCGUGUCCAACUUGGAUGUGGUUUUCCUUCCAUGACGAAGCGUAGAGGUGGUAAUAACGCUCUGUGAGACAGGUUGAAGCCACGCGGAAAGUCUUGGUCUUGGUCUUGGAAAUAUAAACAAAGGCGGAAAUUUGCAGGAGGAAACAAUCCUGAUCGUCUGACAAAUUCAUGCGAUAAGUUCAUGUGGAACGAUGAAAAAUCGACGGAAAAAGUGCUAGUAUGACACCACCUUAAAUCCACCCCUGGAUUUGUGAGUUAAUUUUUUUUCUUUUUUCUUCUUACUUGAGGGGCAUUGGCUUUGGGAGGGAAAAAAAAAAAAAAAAAAAAGACCCACUUAGGUGCCAUUCCCUUAAGACCAAAAGGAUCAUCCAAAAUUGGAGGGUAAGUGCCUUGAAACUUUCCUCUUGAAAGAGUUCUAGUCAUAAGAAGGAGGAAAUAUAGAAGUAGGCAGAGUGUUCCAGAGUCUACCAAAAACUGACUGACUGUUAGGCUAGACUGUGUAAAAUACUGAUGUGACUACCUUCCUCUUUUUCUGUUUUUGCUGCUUCUCUGGAGUGAGGGGCUGGCACCAUGCACAAGUCUUCUUUGGUUGUGUCUGUCCCUUGCAUCUUCUUCUGUGACUCCCAUCCUUAGCAGCUCUAGCACAAUUCCAUCCUUCCAUCUCACUCACUCUUUACCUUGAUCUUCCUUCAACUGGCUUUCUCCAGGCCCUUUUAAUUAGUCCUUUAUCAAGAUUGCCUCCAAUAACCACCUAGGAUGUGAACAAUCUCAUAUCACCACAUCAGUCUGGCUAGAUUAUAACGUGCCUUCUCUUCUUCCCUGGGAGCAGCAAACCUGUGUGGGCUCCCAGACAGGUGAGUGCUGUGUGCUGAGAAAGGCAUGGCAGAAAGUGGAAAGUGGUGCUGAGGUCCCCAGAUAACUUAGUGAACUCCUACACUGAGGGACUGGAGAAAGUCUUGAAUGACUCCUCCAGAAUCAAGGAACUGCCAGUCCAAUACAUCACAGGAGGCAAUGCUAUUGGGCUGCAAAAAAAAAUUCACCUUUAGGAAGUUAUUUGACCACAGCCUUCAGAAGAUGCAGGAGUCAAGCCUGAUGAACAAGCUGAGGUCCAAUUGGCUAUCAGCAGGAACUUCAAUGUGUGGCAGGAAGACUAAAUUCACAGCCAGCCUCUCUGAUGUGGCUGCAAUCUUCAUCCUCUUGAUGGGUGGUGCAGCAUUUAGCUGUCUGCUGCUGCUGCUGCUGCUGCUGCUGGAGUAUGCAGUGGAUAAUGAUGCAUGUGUAAAACCAUGGCCCAUAUUCUGAAGCACUCUGCUCUCUCACUAUGACCAUUUUCAGAGUCCACAUAGAUGAUUAGCUGGGUUCUCAAGAAAGAUUUCUCCUGUUGAUAAAUUUGAAAUCUUGUUAAUUUGGCAUUAGACCUGCAUAAGUACCUCAACACACAUGUAACUUCAUCCAGAGCCUUUUAAAAGCAGUGGAAGUGAGGUUUAGUAGUGUUUCAGAACAUUACCCAACAUACCUAAAACUCAAAAGCAUAUGAACCGAGUGACAAUCUCACACAAGGAGGCCAAGGCAAAGUGCAUAACAUAACUUAAGAAUUGAAAGUCUCAUAUAUCCUGCCAUGUACAUAAGAGUAUAAUGGAAGCUGCAAGACUACACAAGGCAGGCAGUCCCUCUAUAAAGCAUAUUAACCACACAUACAGAUACAUGCAAGACAAAUAAGCAGACAAUAAGUUCUUGGGGUUUGCUGACCUGAAGGAACUGCAGAAAAUAACAAGAAACAGGACACCUACACUUUUUUUUUUCUGUACGAGGGACACUGGCCAGGGGCAAAAAAAAAAAAAAAAAAAAAAAAAAAAAAAAAAAAAAAAAAGUGUCCGAAGCAGUAGUCAAAAAUUGAAGGAUAAGUGUCUUGAAACCCCUCUAUUGAAGGAGUUCAAGUCAUAGGAAAAUGGAAAUACAGAAGCAGGCAAGGAGUUCCAGUUUAUCAGAGAAAG